AUGAAGUUUAUGAAGCUGGGAUCGAAGCCGGAUUUGUUCAAGUGUGAGGGGAGUACCACAAGGUGAACCAUCCACCCUCCCUUCUCGACCCCCCCUCAUUACUUCCUGCGUCGGCACUAUGAUUCCUGGUUUGACUUCCAUGAUCUGUUCCCUGUGAUUUUAACGCGAGCUGUCAAUGCUACGGAAGUUCUUCCUUGCCCCACCUUAGGGUUUAUUUAGGGAGUAAAAGAGAUGUGCGGAUAAGAAGAAGUAAGCCCGUGAUCAAGCUGUCAAGCCUCGUCGCAGAGUUGCCGGUCAGACUUCUGCAGGGUUGAAACUUAUUUUACAUGCGGUAAAAAGAGCAGCUGUAAACACUGUUUAAGGUGAAUCUGGGAAGAACUGUCGGCUCCUUUCACCUUGCGACCUUCAUGCUCUGAUAUCCUCUCAUCUUCCCUGUGCCCCCCCCCCCGUCUCCACCGAACCCCCUUGAACCUGUGGUGACCAGGAAAGACCCACCCCGGCGAUCUUCCUCACUCUAGUCAUGGCCAUAUCCGCACCCAUUUCAUGUCCUAGUUCUUAAGCAUACCAAGAUUCGAUUCUACCUGUGGAACUUCAAACUAAUGCAUGAAUUGGGUAUGCUUCAUCAAUGGAUCUCGAGGGUUGUAAGAUAUGCAACCCCUGCCCACUCUAGAUCAAGAACAAACCAGAGGGAUUUGAUAGGGUCAAUUUCAGUAGCGAUUAUCUGAUUUCUCCCCUUUUUGCACUGCUGAUCUGUUUCGCGUGGAAGCGCUGACUUUUGGCUGCAAUAAGAACUUUCCUGGCUACAAUGCAGGUACGUCGAGUGUGAGCUGCCGCCGGAUGUCAUCGUGAACAUUGGAGAAGCUCGAUUUCAUCUGCACAAGGUGGAUGCCCUGUUCUACUUCUGUUUGAUGUGGGAUUAUUCAUGUACUUCCGCAAGAAGAGCUUCCUUCAUCCAUGGCUUCUUUUACUUGCCGCCAUGUACAAUCCUGCAAUUGGGUUGACUUGGGUCACUUCUGUGCAGUUUCCGCUGAUAUCCAAGAGUCUCAGGCUUAGGAAUUUGAUCAGGAAGGAAAGCGAGGAAGAGGAAGGCGCUGAUGAACUCUAUCUGUACGACAUCCCCGGAGGACCGAAAGCAUUUGAGAUUUGCGCAAAGUUCUGCUAUGGAAUGACCGUUACUCUUAAUGCCCACAACGUUAUUGCAGCCAGAUGCGCAGCCGAAUACCUUGAGAUGGGUGAGGACGCCGAGAGGGGAAACAUGAUAUUUAAGAUCGAGGUCUUCCUGAGCUCCAGCAUCUUCCAAAGCUGGAAGGAUUCCAUAAUAUGUCUUCAGAUCACGAAGCCCUUGUUGCCCUGGACUGAGGACCUGAAGAUCGUGGGGAGAUGCGUUGACUCUAUUGCUUCUAAGAUAUCUCUCGACCACCGCGUUGUCCACUGGUCGUACACCAACCACAAGAGGACUGCUGUUCCUGGCGAGAUAGUUGACCAUGGGACCAGAUCACAGCGCAGGAUAGAAUAUCUUGUGCCCGUGGACUGGUGGGUCGAGGACAUAUCUGACCUGGACGUUGACCAUUACGAGAUGGUGAUGGUUGCUGUGAAGGACAGAGAGAAAAUAUCCGCAGAGGUUAUCAUAGAGGGUCUCAAGGCUUACGCCGAGAGGUGGCUGCCCAAGUCCAUUGACGACCUGGUUUCUGAGGAGUAUAUCACGAGGAGCAGAUCCUUGGUGGGAACUCUCAUCUGGCUCAUGCCAUCUGGCGUCACCUCCAGCAGCUCGUGCAGUUUUCUGCUGAAAUUGUUGAGGGUGGUCGUGCUGAUCGGAGAGGAUCAAGCGAAGGAAGAAUUGUUGACCCUGAUAAGCCAGCAGCUGGAGAAGGCAUCUGUGAAGGAUCUUCUGAUUCCGGCGACGCCGCCCUGCUGCUCUGUUUAUGAUCUGCACCUCGUUCAAACCCUCAUCACGCGGGGUGUGAGCUCAAAGGAUUCAGAUCAUGGGUCCUUGUUCCCGAUUUGGAAACUGAUCGACGGCUGUCUGGUAGAGAUAGCGUCUGACCCAAACCUUCCAUUAUCAAGUUUCGUUGACUUUGCGAGAACUGUCCCUGAGGUAGCGAGAGCUGCCCACGACGGGUUAUACGCCGCCAUUGACUUCUAUCUCAAGGUUAUUUUAAUGACUUUUUAAGAUUCAGGGGACGGAGCGGGUUUUCUGACGGAUUUUUUUUGGUAUCUCUUUCUCAUAUUUUCCGAUUCUUGAUUUACGUGAAUGACGAUCAGGAGCACCCGGCGUUGACGAAAUCGGAGAAGAAGAAGCUCUGCGGCCUCAUCGACGUGAGGAAGCUCUCGGCGGGCACCUGCGCACACGCAGCACAGAACGAGCGGCUACCGCUGCGAGUGGUCGUUCAGGUCCUCUUCUUCGAGCAGCUCAGGGCCGCCGCCGCCGCCGCCGGCGGAAGACCGGCGGCUCCGUCCUUCCUCCAUGGGAGGGCUCUCUCCGGCGAGAAGCUUGAAGAAGCAUGGCAGAGCCCCUCACCAGCGCCGCCACAUGCCGCCGCCAGCGACCACCGCGCGUCGGAGGAGAAGGGGACCAGCAGGGGCGGCGAGAACCGAUGCGACUCUCCAGCGCCGCCAUCGAGGUCGAGGAGGAUUUUCGACAGGUGGUGGGUCGGGAAGUUGCAGGGGGAGAAGAGCAAGAGCUCAGAGAGCUGCGGGAGUUCCCUGAGCCCCUCCUCUGCGUCUGUAAUUCCAGGGAGAGUUAGAACACCCGGCCCUCCCUCGAGGCUUGGGAGGCAUUCCAUUUCAUAG